AUGGGUAACAGGGCACAGGGUAUCCAUCCUAUGGGUAACAGUGCAUGUCGUAUCCAUCCUAUAUUUAAGGAGGCACAGGUUAUCCAUCCUAUGGGUAACAGGGGACAUGGUAUCCAUUCUUUAGGUAACGGGGCACAGGGUAUCCAUCCUAUGAGUAACAGGGCACAGGGAAUCCAUCCUAUGGGUAACGGGGCACAGAGUAUCCAUCCUAUAGGUAACAGGGCAUGUGGUAUCCAUCCUAUAUGUAAGGGGGCACAUGGUAUCCAUCCCAUGGGCAACAGGGCACAGGUUAUCCAUCCUAUUGGUAACAGGGCACAGGAUAUCCAUCCGAUAGGUUACAGGGCACAGGGAAUCCAUCCUAUGGGUAACGGGGCACAGAGUAUCCAUCCUAUAUGUAAGGGGGCACAUGGUAUCCAUCCUAUGGGUAACAGGGCACAGGAUAUCCAUCCGAUGGGUUACAGGGCUCAGGGAAUCCAUACUAUGGGUAACGGGGCACAGAGUAUCCAUCCUAUGAGUAACAGGGCACAGGGAAUCCAUCCUAUAGGUAACGGGGCACAGAGUAUCCAUCCUAUAGGUAACAGGGCAUGUGGUAUCCAUCCUAUAUGUAAGGGGGCACAGGGUAUCCAUCCCAUGGGCAACAGGGCACAGGUUAUCCAUCCUAUGGGUAACAGGGCACAGGAUAUCCAUCCGAUGGGUUACAGGGCUCAGGGAAUCCAUAUUAUGGGUAACGGGGCACAGAGUAUCCAUCCUAUAGGUAACAGGGCAUGUGGUAUCCAUCCUAUAUGUAAGGGGGCACAGGGUAUCCAUAUCAUGGGCAACAGGGCACAGGUUAUCCAUCCUAUGGGUAACAGGGCACAGGAUAUCCAUCCGAUAG